AUGAUUAUCUUCAGGAUUAGAAAAGUCUGUCGUGUCAUCGUUCUACUCUGCAUCACUACUAUCGUUGUGUUUUAUACUGGACAGCUAUCCUCCAACUCGCUUGUGGAUUUAGUUAAAAAUGCUUUUCGGCCUCUGGACAGGAUCCUCUCUCCAAGAUAUUGCGCAUGUCUCAAAUGUAUGACACAGCCAGACGACGACCUCUGGUUUCAGAAGCGUUUCAACACAUCUUUGAAACCAUUUCUGACCAGAAAGUACAGGACACUCUCCAGCGAUACAAGAAUGUGGUGGCAGAAAUUGCAGAAAGACCGUAACAAAGCCAACUUUAGCGAGGUGGUGGAGAAGUUGUUCCAGGUCAUCCCUGAUGCUGAUCUUUACAUGGACGCGGGCCCUGAGCGCUGUAGGACCUGUGCUGUGGUGGGGAACUCUGGGAACCUCAAGGGCUCCCACUACGGAGCCCUGAUCGACUCCAGUGAUGUCAUCAUAAGAAUGAACAAGGCUCGUACCUCUGGCUAUGAGCGGGAUGUUGGCAGCCGCACCACACAUCACAUCAUAUACCCAGAGAGUGCCAUAGAUCUGGACAACACCACUAGUCUUGUGUUUUUCCCUUUCAAGACUCUGGACCUUCAGUGGCUACCUGGUGCCAUUACCACUGGAUCUCACAUCACUUUCUCAUAUUUACGUCUUAGACCGAAGAUAAAGGCCAACAAAGAUUUGGUAUUGGUUCUGAAUCCUGUGUUCAUGAAAUAUGUUCAUGAAGUCUGGCUUGACUAUUACGGCAAAUACCCCUCCACCGGAUUCAUGGCUUUGAUAUUAGCCCUACACAUUUGUGACGAGGUGAAUGUGUAUGGAUUUGGGAAAGACAGAAAUGGGAACUGGCACCACUACUGGGAAACACUAACCAAUAAAAAGCUCAAGACUGGACCACACCCUGGAGACUAUGAGUACAAUGUCACUAGAAAGCUCUCGGAAAUACACAAACUUGAGAUAUAUAAGGGAUGGUGA